AUGAACGGCUACGGCUCCCCGUACCUCUACAUGGGCGGCCCGGUGUCGCAGCCGCCGCGGGCGCCGCUGCAGCGGACGCCCAAAUGCGCCCGGUGCCGCAACCACGGCGUGCUGUCCUGGCUGAAGGGCCACAAGCGCUACUGCCGCUUCAAGGACUGCACCUGCGAGAAGUGCAUCCUCAUCAUCGAGCGGCAGCGGGUGAUGGCCGCGCAGGUGGCGCUGCGCCGGCAGCAGGCCAACGAGAGCCUGGAGAGCCUCCUCCCGGACUCGCUCCGAGCCCUCCCGGGGCCGCCAGGCGCCGCCGAGCCCCCCGCGCCCCCCCCGGGGCCGCCGCCCUGCGCCGGGCCGCCGCGGGCCCCCGCCGAGCUAGCCGCCGCCGCCGCCCUGCGCUGGGCCGCCGAGCCGCCCCCCGCGCUCCCGGGGCCGCUCCCCAAGGCAGACAUGAAUGAGGAGCGGUUGGGUGAUGCCAGUGGAGCAGACAAUGCCGAGACCUACAGUGACAAAGACACAGACCAAAGGAGUUCCCCAGACAUGACUAAAGCCAAAAGUUGCUUCACCCCUGACAGCCCUGAAAUUGUUUCCGUGGAUGAGGUUGGUUAUGCAGUUCAGAAAAAUGGUGGUAGCACAGAGAGCCGUCCAGAUAGCCCCAAGUACCACGCAGAGCAAAAUCACCUCCUGAUAGAAGGUCCCUCUGGGACAGUUUCGUUACCUUUCAGCUUGAAAGCCAACAGACCUCCGCUUGAAGUGUUGAAAAAGAUCUUCCCUAACCAAAAGCCGACUGUGCUGGAGCUGAUCCUGAAGGGAUGUGGUGGUGACCUGGUGAGUGCUGUUGAGGUUCUCCUGUCCAGUAGGUCUUCGGUGGCCAGUGGAGAGAGAACUUCUGCAGAAUCAGAUGGUCUUGUUUUGCCUUCCAAUGGGCACAUUUUUGAACACACACUGAGCUCAUACCCUAUUUCCUCUUCCAAGUGGUCUGUGGGCUCGGCCUUUAGGGUUCCCGACACACUGAGGUUCUCUGCUGAUUCCAGCAAUGUCGUGCCAAAUCCUCUGGCCGUACCUUUGCAGCACCCUUUCCCUCAACCGCCACGCUACCCACUGAUGCUGAGGAAUACUUUGGCAAGAAACCAGUCUAGUCCUUUCCUGCCUAACGAUGUCACCUUGUGGAACACCAUGACACUGCAGCAGCAGUACCAGCUGCGGUCUCAGUAUGUCAGUCCUUUCUCUAGCAACUCGGCCAGCGUUUUCCGAAGCUCUCCUGUCCUUCCUUCUCGCUCAUCAGAAGAUCCUCGGAUCUCAAUCCCUGAUGAUGGAUGUCCUAUUGUGUCUAAGCAACCUAUCUACACAGAAGAUGAGUAUGACGAAAGAUCUGAUUCUUCAGACUCGAGAAUACUCAACACAUCUUCUUAGACUGACAUUUGACGUGUGAUAACUAAGUGAUACUUGCAGUGCAGCUGAACUACUGGGCCCGAAGAGGAGAGAUGUAUACACUAUGAAACCCUUGCAAUUGUAUUAGAAAGUGACUUUGCUUGGUAUUGUACUAUAGCAAUAAAGACGUAACUUAUUUAAUUUCUUGCACUUCACUGGAUAAUGCCAAAUAGCAAUACUCUGGCUUUUGCGCUGAGUGUGUACUACAAAGGAAGACUUUAUGGCUAUCAGUUACGGGACUCUGGAAGAUUCGUAACAGAGACAGUAGCUCAAGGUCUACUUUGUUCCUUAACUCAGACAACUGGGGAUAUUUAACUAGA